CUCACUUGCUGGGAGUUAUAAAACUCAAGACUGGAAAGUAGAAGUGGUCCCUGCCCUGGGCAGCCUCUUGGAGAAGAUGCAUCGUCUUCCUCUCCCCCUGCUGUUCCUUCUCCUGUGCUCCAGAGCUGAAGCUGGCAAGAUCAUCGGAGGCACAGAAUGCAAGCCACACUCCCGCCCUUACGUGGCCUACCUGGAAACUGUCACUUCCCAGCAUACCCUGGUGACCUGUGGUGGUUUCCUGAUAAGACAGGACUUUGUGCUGACAGCUGCUCACUGUGCAGGAAGGUCUAUAACAGUCACCCUUGGAGCCCAUAACAUAAAAGAGAAAGAAGACACAUGGCAGAAGCUUGAGGUUGCAAAACAAUUCCCUCAUCCAAAAUAUGGCGACUGAAAUACUCAUUAUGACAUCAUGUUACUAAAGUUGAAGAAGAAAGUCAACCUGACCCUGGCUGUGGGGACACUCCCCCUUCCACCCCAAUUCAACUUCAUCCCACCUGGGAGGAUGUGCCUGGUGGCUGGCUGGGGAAUGACAGAAGCAGAGGUAUUGGACUCCAACACUCUGCAAGAGGUGAAGCUGCGACUCAUGGAUCCCCAGGCCUGCAGACAGUUUAUGACUUUUGACCACAAUCUCCAGCUGUGUGUUGGCAAUCCAAGGAACAAAUCUGCAUUUAAGGGAGACUCAGGGGGUCCUCUUCUAUGUGCUGGGGUGGCCCAGGGCAUUGUCUCCUAUGGCCGGGUGGAUGCAAAGCCUCCUGCUGUCUUCACCCAGAUCUCCCAUUACCGGCCCUGGAUCAAUGAGGUCCUCAAGGAGAACUAACCCUGGAGCCCAGGACAGCCUGGGAGGAAACCUGGACCUGGAACCGAGCAGCUUCUCUGUACCACUCACUCUGGAGCUGCCUCUGGUUCCUACUGAAGUCCUGCCACAUCCCUAAACCUCAAGAAGUUUCCUCCAGGUACAGAAUUCUCAAUAAACUUCAAUAAAGACCCAGCUUUCAGACUUGA